CUUGUUUGUUGGAAUGCCUUCCUGAAAGACACCGCAGCUGCCAUAUUCAUGGCCGGCAUCAUGAUGGGCGCGUUGAUCAUGCCAACUAUUGCAGACAUGGUCGGACGUAAGCUCCUCAUCUCAGUCGGUUUGGUGGCCAUGUUCAUUUUCAGCACGAUGAUUGUGUUUCUGAAGAGCUUUGUUGCAUUCCUCAUCAUGCGGUUCUUUGCAGCGGUGCUGAUAUCGGGAAGCUUCCUAAGCCUAUAUGUGUUGUCAGUUGAGUGGUUUGCACCCCGUCAGAGGGCCUUCGUCGGUGCGGUCAUCUGGGUUCCUUGGGUCGCUGGAUACUGUACACUGCCUCUAGCAGGAUAUUUCAUACAUAACUGGCGCCACUUACAGCUGGUUCUUAGCAUUCCUAUUGCAGUUGUUUUCUGUUUUCCAUGGCUUCUGCCUGAAUCAGUGCACUGGCUUGUUUCUCAGAAUAAGUUAGCUACUGCUGAGGCACUUGUACAAGAAGCUGCUAAAACAAAUGGCAUUACGCUACCAGAAAGAUUUAGCUUAACUGCACCAGAAAAAUCUAGUGAGCACAGAAAGAAAACUCUGUGGGACGUUCUACACACACCUCUGCUGAGAGUCUAUGCUGUGAUGAUGUGCUUUUUGUGGUUUGCAAAUUCACUCGUGUACUAUGGCCUUACAUUUGGUGCUGCAACAUGGGCAGGGAAUGUGUACGUAAACUUCUUCCUGUCUGGACUCAUUGAAGCUCCAUCUUACCUCUUCUUAUUUUUCUCGUUGAAAUGGUGGGGAAGACAAAGGCCAAUAUGUGCUUUCCAUUUGAUAGCAGGCAUUCCUUUACUCAUAUUGCCAUUUCUACCCCAGAAAACUGCUGAUGGUCGUGAUCUGGCGACGUUGCGUACAGUUCUAAACAUCAUUGGCAAGUUUGGAAUUUCGUCAUCAUUUUGUGCAAUAUACCUCUUCGCUUCUGAGCUUUACCCCACCGUAGUAAGGAGUGCAGGUAUCGGCAUAUCAUCCGUAUUUGCCCGCAUAGGUGGUAUCAUAGCACCAUACCUGGCCAACAGCAUUGGCAUCUUGGAGCCAAAAGCACCACCGCUGAUAUUUGCACUGUUGGCUAUAGUUUCGGCUGUCUUCUCUAUGAUUAUUCCUGAGACAUCACAACUGCCACUUAUGUCAUCUCUGGAGGAUUCUAGAUUUCUCAGUAAAAGCUACAGGGAUGCACAUCUGCUGAUUGCGCAACAACCAAGAGAAACAUCGGUGGUAACAGAAGGUACAGAUGAAGUCCAGCCAAGUGAACCGGAGCCUAUUUUCAGUUUACACAACAAUAUGCAAGCCAACGAAGAUCCAACACCAAUGGUUUUCUAUCAGACAUCUGUGUAGUAUAAGGAGACUAUAAAGAUCCAAUGUGUAUAUAAUAUAAAGAGUCAACUAAGAUCCAAUGCCAAUGAUUUUCUGUCGGACAUCUGUGUAAUAUAAAAAUACUAUCAAGAUCCAAUCCAUACAA